GCAGUUGCGCGUCACGCCCCCCGCGCGGACGUGCAUGUGGCGCUGGGUGCUGCCGGAGGAGGAGGAUUCUGAGGGGAGCGGACGGGGGUAUUCAAGGAGACUCUCCGCUACAUUUUCUCGAGUUUCGGGAUGAACCAUUCGAUGGAUCAUGGUGCUGGUCAUCACGACAUGAACAUGCAUGUGUCCUCUGGUGGCCAUGAGCACAACUCAACACCUGCGCCAGGGCACGGCCACGACCACGGUUCUGGUGGCAUGAUGCAAAUGACAUUCUACUUUGGAUACAAAGGCGUGGAGCUACUCUUCCCUGGGCUGUUGAUCAAUUCGGGUGGAGGGAUGAUUGGAGCCUGUGUGGUUGUCUUCCUGGUUGCAGUAAUUUAUGAGGGUCUAAAAAUCAGUCGAGAAUGUUUGCUUCGGAAAUCGCAGGUUAAUGUCCGUUAUAACUCCAUGCCUGUUCCUGGACCAAAUGGGACAGUGUUAAUGGAAACGCACAAAACUGUUGGACAGCAGAUGCUCAGCAUUCCCCACCUCAUCCAGACCGGACUGCAUAUCGUACAAGUUGUCAUCAGUUACUUCCUCAUGCUGGUCUUCAUGACCUACAAUGGUUACCUUUGCAUCGCUGUGGCAUUGGGCGCAGGUGCUGGAUAUUUUCUCUUUAGCUGGAAGAAAGCUGUGGUGGUGGACAUUACAGAACACUGUCAUUAAUGUCAGCUAGCAGUGGCAAUCCUGAAGAAUGAAUGUCCUCAGUAUGAUGAUCUAAUACACAGAUACACACAAUAUAUAUAUCAAAUCUAUCUUUUCCUCUCUUUUAAUGUGUGUUCAGACUCUAGUUUAAAGACUGUUUAUUUUGCGCCUUAAUUACCAUCAGGGAAUGGUUGCCACUUACCUUCCUGCAGACUGAUACUGAUGUAUUGGUGCUGAGGCAACAGCAAAGAGUGAAGUCUGAGCACAAAUUAAACCCACCAGUCAUUGAUUUAUCUGGAGUCAUGUGUAGUUACAUUCUCCCAUACUUUGUAACAUUCUCAUCAAUUUAGUUGUUGAAUUCUAGUUUGACGAUCAAUGCAUUAAGCCCAUUGAUUUUAAUUAGAAAUAAGUUACCUAAAAUGUAAUUUUUUUUGUUGAAGUGAAGAUCAACAUAAAAACAAAAUGGUUUGUGUCUAAGUAAGGCUCUGUGCUUGGUCAAUUGUCCCUCUCUACCCACCUCUCCACAAAUGGCUCUCUCUACCCCAGCCAUGCCUUACCAUGCUCUCUAGACCCAAUACUUAACAACUAUUGUUAGUCUUUUAAUAACUAGUGUCUAUAUAUAACUUUCGAUCAUUUCAUCCUUAAAAUAUUGGUAUCAGAUUCACUCUUUUUAAAUUUUUAAAUCUAAACCAAGAAACAUACCUGUAUUUUUCACAUCUCUAUCGUCCAGCCUCCAUACCAGCCUGUAGUCCAAUAAGAUACUCUGUACUUCAGAUAUCCUUGAUUCAUGAAAUAGUUGUACUUGUGCAGUGGACCUGUAUUAAUUUUAAACUUGCAUAUUGAUUCCAGAUUGCUGUGUGGAAUCACUUGGUAGUUAUGAUAGGAAUUUUAUUCCUUAUUGGCACGAAGAGAAUUUAUAUUACUGUCAACUGGAGGACUGGAAGACUCCUUUUAAUUUUCUUGGAUGCUGCUGAAACUGCACAAGCAUUGUACAAAUCUUUUUCUGGGACCAAUAGGAAUGAACAUAGUCUUCCUGAAUUUAUUUUUUAAUGUAUUUUAAUAAGCUUGGGACUACCACAGGCUUGACCAAUUAAGUGAUUAGUCCACAUUAUUGGAAGGAGUAGUCAAGUCCUUAAGACUAAAGCAGAAAAGAAAAUACUGGAGCUUCUGGGGGAUUGUGAGAAGAGAAACUGAGUUAACGUUUCAGGUCGAUAAUCAUUUAUUAGCUUAUCAAACACCUUUUCUGAGGAAAUUGAUCCAAUGUAAGUAGAUAACCUACAAUGUUAAAUGGUUCUCUCUUCUCUAGUGAUGCCUGACCUGCUGAGUAUCUUCACCUUUUUAUUUUUAUUUCAUUAUCUACAAUUCUUUAGUUUUCCUUAAAAUUACUUGUCCUGUUUCAGUUCUAAAUGACAUGGAAACAUUUUUGAUGCCUUCUUCACAUAAUUAUUUGAAUUGGAAAACUGUCUGUAAAGCACCGAUUAGGAUUUCUGUGGUUCUGCUAACAAUAAAAUGGUAAAAUGGGUAACAUCCUUUUUCAAAUAACUACUGAAAUUUCACACGCUGGGAUAAUCUGUCAUAUCUUGAGCAGUUGAGUUUGCAGUCUGUUCCAUCAUGGAGAUGUCAAGGUAAAUGAGAAUGUUGCUUUCAUUCUGCAUCUUCCACCGGGUUAGUGGGUUGUUUGCCAUUUCCCCUAGCCCACCCUGACCUUUUUAGUCCUACAAUGAAGAACACCAGAAUAUUCUCCUGCAGGGGUUACUUUACUGUUUGGCUUCUUAACAGCGGACAAUGUGCUUGCUCAUUGAGCCUUCAUUUAAGUCAUGUCCUUCCCUCAGAUAGAACUUAAGGGAUGGCACCGCUCAAGAAGAGGUAGAGUGUUAGGGAAAUAAAGACAAGUAAAAGACUUCCCCAUCUGAGCUGCUAAUUAUUCCAAGAACUGAACAAUCCUAUUUCAAUGGUUUGGAUUAUUGCCUUCUUUUGAUUGUCCACUGCUCUCUCUUGUUAUUGAUAUAUGGAUUAUAGCUGAUGGAAUGAGUACCACAGUCAAAUACUUUUGUUGCAACACAUCCACUUUGUUCUUAUGGAGGUAAUUAGAGCAGGAUGGUAUUUUAAUAUUCCGUUAUUUGUUUAAAAACUGAGGCAUUAUGCAUUUUGACUUGAAGCUUGCUGUCAGAAGGAUGGGGAUACUAAGUGGAAAAAGCCAACACUUGUUUAAUCAGAUCCAUCCAUGUACCAAUGAUGCUGUUUUGAAACAAUGUAAGAAUGGAAUGGAGUCUAGUUCUGCAGAAAAGUAAACUUGAUGUAUUUGGCUGUGUAUAGCUGAAACACUACAAAUCCUGACUAGUUUGAUGAUGACCAAGUCAUUUAGGGGUGAACAUAUUGAUUGAUAUUACAUGUAAUUCUAGAACAAACUUUCAAUAAUGUAGCUGUGGUAUACUUGCAACAUGCUGAAGAAAUCAAUUUUUAAUGUAUAGUUAUCCACCAUGCCAAUUUGCUGAAAAUAAUUCUGCUUUAUCUUGCCUCUUUCCAUUAGUCUGUUUUUGUAAAUCUUCAAAUAUCAAGUACCUCCAGCUGGCUUAGUGCUUUGCAUAGUCAGGGCGGCUCAUGGUGACCAACCUGCAGCUAAUGACCAGGAUGUGCAGGAUGCAGAUUUGUGUUGCAAUUCACAAUGUCCUUUGCACUGGUCAGUGGAGAGUAACACACCUGCAUCAAGGUGCAUGUACGCCUGAAUCCUUCUGGAGUGAUUUGAAACAAACAUGCUUUCUUGAAAUAAAUCAAUUAUUAAAAUAUAAACUUUUCCAAAAGAACAAGUGGAAGGAAAUUACUGGGGACUCCUGAAAUGAAAUUUGGCUCCAGACUGUGUAUACUGGUCAUGCACUGUUGGCUUCUAUGCUGCCUUGUCCUGGAUUAGAUGCUGAUGUGUAAUUGAUUGUGGCAUUUCACAUCCAUUUUGCCAAAAACCAGCACUGAUGGAAAAUUUUAAACACAAAGUAUUUUAUUUCUGGGAUGAAUGGCCAACCAAAUGUAUAAAUGGUGAAAGAUCUGACUAGGAAGUCUGUACUUGUAGUAGUUUUAGAUUUAUCAACCUUGUUUAAGGUGCUACACAUCACCUCUUGCUGCACUUUCCCCAAAUAUUCCUCCAUGUUAAUUUGAAGCUCAGUGCCUUCAGUAUCUCCUCAAAUCAUGAGCAAAGAUUUCCAGAGUUUAUACCUUUCAUUGUUUCUCUGUGGUCUGGCUAAUUCAUAGAAGUGCUGAUGACUCCUCUGACACCCCAACACCUUAGUGUUAUAAUGUUUUUGGUGAUUUUUCAUAAUCAGUACUUUUGAGAGCUGUAUAAUUUUUUGCUAGAAAAAUGUAUCAUGCUUAUUUUCAAUAAAUGUUUAGUUUUUAUUAUCUUUAA